CGAUGGUAGGGCCGCCGCAGCCCGGCCUCCGGGCGCCGCCAUGUUGGAGGCGCAGGAUGGUAGCCAUGACUGCGAGCACCAGAUCCGCAGCCAGAGCCGAGCCCGGUCUGCCAGGCAUAUGCUGGAGGUGCGUCCGGGGCUGUUCUUGGGUGGAGCCGCGGCCGUCGCGGAGCCAGACCACCUGAGGGAGGCGGGCGUCACGGCAGUGCUGACGGUGGACUCGGAGGAGCCUGACUUCCAAACGGGGGCUGGGGUCGAGGGUCUACGGAGUCUCUUCGUGCGAGCGCUGGACAAACCCGAGACCGACCUGCUCAGUCAUCUGGACCGCUGUGUGGCCUUCAUUGUCCAGGCUCGCGCCGAGGGCCGCGCGGUGCUGGUGCACUGUCAUGCAGGGGUCAGUCGAAGUGUAACUGUAAUAACUGCUUUUAUGAUGAAGACUGACCAGCUUACCUUUGAAAAAGCCUAUGAAAACCUUAAGACUGUCAAACCAGAGGCCAAGAUGAAUGAGGGGUUUGAGUGGCAACUGAAAUUAUACCAGGCAAUGGGCUGUGAAGUAGAUACCUCCAGUGCACUUUAUAAACAAUAUCGUUUACAAAAGGUUACAGAGAAGUAUCCAGAAUUGCAGAACUUACCUCAAGAACUCUUUGCUGUUGACCCAUCUGCCAUUUCACAAGGAUUGAAAGAUGGAGGUCUCUACAAAUGUAGAAAGUGCAGGCGAUCUUUAUUUAGAAGUUCUAGCAUUUUGGACCAUAAUGAAGGAAGUGGUCCUCUAGCCUUUGCCCACAAGAGGAUGACACCAUUCCCCAUGCUUUCCACAGGGAGUCAGGCUCAAUGUACAUCUUAUUUCAUUGAACCUGUACAGUGGAUGGAAUCCACUUUGUUGGGAGUGAUGGAUGGACAGUGGAAGCAUGGAGUCUUAACCAUUGGAUGCCCAGGGAAUUCCCUUGCUGCUUUUAUUUAAUCUGAAAAGCACCCAAGAUAAAGGUGUUGUAUUUUAUUUUUUUGUGAAAUAUUCUAGAUCACAUUUGUGCAUACUUCUUUGUACAUUUAUUUUCUUGUAGAAUAUAUACCUAAAAGUGGAAUUCCUGGCUUGAAGAUUGUACAUUUUAAAAUAUUACUAAUAUUCUGGGCUGGCCUUAACAAUGCCCACACAAAUUUGCCUUUCACUAAUGUCGAAUGCAUGUCCUCAUUUCCCCAUACGUUUGGCAUAUAGAUAUUAUAAAAUCAGUAAGGUUGUGUCUGUUCGUGAGAUGAAAAAUGUUAAUUCUAAGGUGUCUUAAUUUGAAUCUCUGACUACUGCUGAGAUCAACAUCUUUAUGUACUUAUCAGCCAUUUAUACUUUGUUUUGCAGGAAAUUUCCUUCAUAUCCUUGGCCCAUUUCUAUGGGUUUUGUCUUUUUCUAAGGAAUUGAGGAGCUGUUUAUAUAGUCUAAUGUUUCACGUAAUGCAAGUGUUUUCUCCAGUCUGUUGCUUAUCUCAGCUUUGAGAUACACAGUUUUUUUUUUUUUUUUUCCAGUGUAUUGAGAUAUAAUUGAUAUACAGCAUUGUAUAAGUUGAAGGUGUAUAGCAUAAGUGACCUGACAUACAUAUAUCAUAAACGUGGUUUUUUAAAUUAUGGUAAAAUAGUCAUAACAUAAAUUGACCAUUUCUGUUCUUCGUGUGUAACUCAGUAGUAUUGAGAGCGUUCACAUUGUGCGACCAUCACCACCACCUUCCCCAGCUGACGUGCCGUACCCGUUAAACACUAAUCCGCCACCCCGCGUCCCAGUCCCUGCAACUGCUGUUCUGCUCUCUGCUUUUAUGAAUGUGACUCCUCCAGGUGCCGCAUAAAUUUGUGGCUGGCUUAUUGCACUUGGCAUAAUAUCCCCAAGGUUCAUCCAUGUUGUAGCAUCGUGUCAGAGUUUCCUUCCUUUCUAAUGCUGAGUAGUGUUCCCUUUUAUGUGUAUUCCACAUUUUGUUCAUCUCCUCAUCUGUCCACGGAUGUCUGGGCUGCUUCCUCCAUUUGGAUAUUGGGAAUAAUGCUGCUUUGAACAUGGGUGUACAAAUAUCUGUUUGGGUCCCUGCUUUUAUUUCUUUUGAGUAUAUACCCAGAAUUGGAAUUACUGGAUCAUAUAGUAACUGUGUUUUAAUUUUUUUUUGAGGAAUGUGGUAUAUUUUGUCAAACUAAAAACUUAUAGAUAUUUAUGUAAUCAAUUUUAGUUCUGAGUUUUAUAUACAAACUUUCUUUAUAGUUGGUUUAAAGGUAAACACAUAAUGUGUGGAUAAUGAAAGAUUUUUCUGUCUCAUCUUGUUUAUGAUGACAGUGUAUUUAAAGUAUGGAUCAGGUAUGCUCAUGUUAUUGUACUGUUUGCUUAAAAUGCUCUAGUCUUAGUACUAGCUAAUUAGAAAUAAAAAUUUAAGUCUUUAGGUAAAAAAAAAAAGUCAACAUAAAUGCCACAGUCAUGAAACCUGUUCCAUGUCGCAGCCUUCACCUUUCUUCUUUCAUUCUGGAAUUAAGCUAUUCUUCUUCUAUACUCCCAGAGUACAACAUGCUUAACAAUUACUGUAGUCUACUAUCUAUUAUAGUAAAUAGUCAUUACAUUUCAUCUCACUGAUUAGAUCAUCAACUCCUUGAAGGUAUGAGCCAUGUCUUACAGUUUUAUAUCCUGUGUUACCAAAGAUGAUAAUUUGUUUUAUAUAAAAGUGAAUGAAAAAGUAACAAAUGUGUUUUCUUUUAGCUUCUCUGCCCCAAAUGCAAUGCCAAGUUGGGUUCUUUCAACUGGUAUGGUGAACAGUGCUCAUGUGGUAGAUGGAUAACACCUGCUUUUCAAAUACAUAAAAACAGAGUGGAUGAAAUGAAAAUGCUGCCAGUUUUGGGAUCACAAACAAGAAAAAUAUGAACUUGUUACAUUUGAUAACUUGCUGAUAUGGGCUGUUCUUCCUUAUUGUCAUCUGUGGUAGAUUGUAUAGUUUUUAGGCCAUUAACAUAUCAUUUGCAAUAUGAGAAGAUAAAAUCACUUGAUGUUACUCAGAAAUUAUACAUUGUCAGCUUCUUAUACUGUAUAAGUAGAAUGCUUUGUAUAGAAAUCAGAACUUUUUAAUCAUGUAAAUUAUACUUUGAUAUUAAAAUAUUCUAUAACCUGGA